AUGGCGUUCUCUUUUCCUUUACAACUUCUCUUAUCGCUCUUGAUUACUGUUACUCAGGCCCAACCCAAUUGUCCCGAUGAUGAAUUAGUUUACUCGCCCUUUCGACCCUGGUUCAACUUCGAUUAUGGGCCCGAACGGGGCGACUGCUGGAAAGCCGCCAUCUGCUUAUUCGACCAGGCCGACUCGGCCCGCAAUCAGCAAUUCUCAGCCACAGCACUCGUCAUGGGCCUACUACCUAUGGUCUUCCGAGACAUUGCAUGGCCCGAAAGAAGAGUCGUGCUUGUUUCAUCGCCCCUCCCUGCCCUUGCGGAGGUGGUUGUUCGGGCACUCGGCCUGGAGCCCGUCGUGAGGGGGGGUGUGGCCGGGUGGUCAAAUGAAGAUAGCGAGCGCUGGGUAGAUUGGCUGCGCAGGAGCUCGAUUGCAGGGCCGGCGCUGCGGUCGAGAUUUCGUGCCAUGCUGGUGGUGUUUGCCAGUUUCUUUGCGCUGCUGGCCUCGUAUGCGGGGUUAGCGUUGGUGGAGAUCUAUUCAAAGCGGUCUGCAUUGGGCUGUGUAUACCCUGUCAUUGCGUUGACUUGGUGUCUUGUUGGUGUUAUUCCCGCCGCGAUCCAUGUGGUCUACGAGAGCUUUCGGCGAAGAGGAGUCAAGGAGGGCUCGGAAUCGGGCGAUACUAGGCCAUCGGCGGUGCAGGGGGCAGACCAGCAAUGGCCUGUGCAACUUUCGUGGGGAAUUUACUAUAUCAUUGGAACUUUGGUGUAUACUUCCAUCAUGGCAGUUACACCGUUGGAGCUGUUUGUUUGGGUUGUGACCAUGGCUGUUGUGUCGGGCGCUGGAAAGAUGCUUGCGCUUUAUAUCUGCUUGAUGUUGAGGAGUCCAGCAUGA